AUGGAUGUCGUCUUGGAAAACGAAGAAGAAAAAAUCGGCGUAAAUGACUAUUUUUUACCGCAUCAUGCCGUGAUAAAUACAAAUAGUACUACUACUAGACUGCGCGUGGUAUUUGAUGCGUCAUGCAAAACGGACAUAGGACUUAGUUUAAAUGAUGUGUUGUUAAAGGGUCCUACUAUACAGGAGGAAUUGAUUACUAUUUUGGCGCGUUUUAGAAAACAUAAAUUCGCGUUCUCCGCAGACGUAUCAAAAAUGUAUCGCCAAAUAUGGGUGGACCCGCAGCAGCGUAGCUAUCAAAAAAUUAUUUGGCGCGCAAAUCCCGAAGAGCCACUGCGUACCUAUAGAUUGAACACGGUAACGUACGGGACGGUUCCAGCUUCAUUUUUGGCGACCGGGUGUUUAGCUAAGUUAGCCGAAAAAGAAUACCACAUGUUUCCGGACGCCUGCGACGUUAUUAAAUCCGAUUUUUACAUGGACGACUAUUUGGGUGGUGCGGACACCAAAGAUAACGCGUUAAGGUUACGUAAUUCGUUAAUCGAAGUUAUGCUCCGGGGUGGUUUUCCACUAAGAAAAUGGAUGUCAAAUAGUUCCGAGCUACUCGCCGAUAUUCCCAAUAUAGGAAAUAAAUCAAUGACCAUAAUGGAGCUUGAAAAUAAAAUGACUAAAAUUUUAGGCUUAUUAUGGUGUCCGGAACGCGAUGUUUUUAAAUAUACAAUUGAAAUAACAACGCUCAACGAUCUACCAGUUACCAAAAGAAAUAUAUUAUCACAAAUCGCUUCAUUAUUCGAUCCACUAGGACUCGUUGGUCCUAUAGUAAUACGCGCAAAAAUAUUAAUGCAAAAAUUAUGGCAAUUACAAUGCGAUUGGGAUAAGCCUGUACCGAUUGUAAUUCAAAAAGAAUGGAAAAGUUAUGUAAGUUCUUUAAAUUAUUUACGUGAAUUAGAAAUACCUAGAUAUCUUGGUACCGAAACUGACUGUGAAAUACAAAUACAUGGCUUUGCCGACGCUAGCUUAUUAGCAUAUGGGGCAUGUUUAUACAUUCGUUGUUCGAGUAAUAAAAAUGUACACGUCACCAAACUUAUUUGCGCAAAAUCAAAAAUAGCACCGUUAAAAAUAAUAUCCCUACCUCGCCUGGAGCUAUGCGCUGCCGUAAUACUCGCGCGCUUAGCAAAUAAAGUCUUACCGAAAUUAAAAUUAAAUAUAAAAAAUAAAUAUUUUUGGACGGACUCGUCUAUAACAUUAGCUUGGAUCACUUCCCCGUCGUCAAAGUGGAAAACUUUCGUGGCUCACCGAGUAAGUGAAAUACAGGAUAUGACCAGGUUAAAUGAAUGGAAUCACGUGAGCACUCAAGACAAUCCAGCCGAUUUAAUAUCGCGCGGUUGCGGUGCCGAUCAAAUAAUAAAUAAUGAUUUAUGGUGGGAGGGCCCUCAUUGGCUCGCCGAUAAUUCCGAAAACUGGCCAAAAUCAAAGAUCAACGUUAACGCCGGUAUAAUACCGGAAGCAAAAGAAAAAAUCACUUUAUUGGUAGAACCCGUAAAUGAAAACUUAAUUAAAAAUUAUUCAUCGUGGAAUAAAUUAUUACGAGUGUUUGCUUAUUGUUUACGUUUUAUUAAAAUCCGUGUCAAAAAACUUGAAGUCAUUGGUCCUAUUCAACUCGAAGAACUACGAGCAGCUGAAAUUGCCGUUAUCAAAAUAACACAAUCAUACUACUGGUCAAGUGAAAUAAAUGGUUUAAUAAAUAAUUCUAUUCUGCCGAACAACAGUAAAUUGAGAAAUUUGCAACCUUUUUUAGAAAAUGGAAUUAUGAGAGUCGGUGGUCGAUUAAAAAAUGCUCUAUAUUUAGACCAAUUUCAACGUAGUCCUAUUUUAAUACCUCAAAAUAGCGCUAUUGCAAAUUUAAUAUUGCAAAAUGAACAUGAAAAAUUGAUGCAUGCCGGUCCUCAAGCUAUGUUGGCCAAUACACGAUUGAAGUAUUGGAUAAUAGGCGGUCGAAAUACUGCAAGACAUAUUUUUCAUAAAUGUAUUAAAUGUUUUAGACUCCGACCUAUUAUAGUGGAACCUAUAAUGGGAAAUUUACCAGCGGAACGCCUAGAACCAUGUCGAGCUUUUAAAAAAUGCGGAGUGGAUUUCGCCGGUCCAAUCACAAUCAAAACCAGUUUGAGAAAAAAGGCAGCAGUGACUAAGGGCUACAUUUGCGUCUUCGUUUGUUUUAGUACUCGUGCCGUCCACAUAGAACUUGUAAGUGAUCUGACCAGCGAUGCAUUUCUGAACGCGUUAAAAAGAUUUAUUGGUCGUCGUGGCGUAUGCUCCGAUAUAUAUAGUGACAACGCCACUAAUUUCGUCGGCGCCAAUAAAAAGCUUUCAGAGCUUAAAUGUUUGUUCCAGUCAGCGACCCAUUUGGACAAAAUGUAUACUGCGUUAGCAACAGAGGGUAUUAAUUGGCAUUUUAUUCCCCCCCGAUCUCCUCAUUUUGGUGGGUUAUGGGAGGCUUCUGUAAAAUCUAUAAAAACUCAUCUAUACCGGGUAUUGGGCGAAUCUCCUCUUUCCUCCGAUCCUAUGGACGCGACACCAUUAACACCAGCUCAUUUCCUUAUUGGUGAACCUACCUGUUCAGUACCUGAACCUGACUUGUCGUCUGUACCUGAUAACCGCUUGAAGCGAUGGCAGCGCGUGACUCGACUUACUCAGUGUCUUUGGAAACGUUGGAAUGACGAAUACUUAUCCCAACUACAGACCCGAAAAAAAUGGUUGUCAAAUAAAGGUCCAAAUUUAAGCGUUGGUACUUUGGUACUAAUUAAGGAAGACAACAUAACUCCUUUGUCAUGGUCUCUUGGUCGUGUAGUACGUGUGCAGGCUGGAGCUGACGGGGUCGUUCGAGUGGCUACUGUUUUGAGCCGCGGGAAGGAGGUAAAAAGGGAAGAUGAACCUGUAGGAACUAUGGAGUGGCCAGAACUUGAUUUUGAGGUAGAUGGUGAAGGACGAAAAUGGUCGGAUUUUGAUAAAAAUUGUAUGAUAGAGUUUCUUAAGUACACUACUAAAUGA